CGUCACGCCGUGCGCCGCGCGGCGCGCCGGCGGGCUGCUGCGGGGAGCGCGGCUGUGCGGGGGGGCGCGGAGCGGGGCCCGCCCGCCGCGCCCGCUCCUUCCCCGCCCCGGCGGCAUGGCGGAGCCGGGCCCCGGCCCGAGCGGCGGCGGCGGCGGGGAGGAGCAGGAGCCGCCGGGCCCCGGCGGCAGGGAGGAAGCGGCGCCGGCCCCCAAGAAGCGGCGGCUGGCGGCCGGGGAGCGCUACGUGCCGCCGCCGCGGAAGCUGAGCGCGGGGGUGAGCUUCGGCGCGGAGCACUUCGCCGAGACCUCCUACUACUUCGAGGGAGGGCUGCGCAAGGUGCGGCCCUACUACUUCGAUUUCCGCACCUACUGCAAGGGCCGCUGGGUGGGCCGCAGCCUCCUCCACGUCUUCAGCACCGAGUUCCGCGCCCAGCCCCUCGCCUACUACCGGGCCGCCGCCCGCGCCGGCCGCCUCCGCCUCAACGAGGAGCCCGUGCGCGACCUGGACAUCGUGCUCAAGAAUAAUGAUUUUCUCAGGAAUACGGUGCAUCGCCAUGAGCCGCCAGUCACUGCCCAGCCUGUCCAGAUCUUGGUGGAGAACGACGAGGUGGUGGUUGUGGACAAACCCUCCUCCUUGCCAGUACAUCCCUGCGGCAGGUUUCGUCACAACACAGUCAUCUUCAUCCUAGGCAAAGAGCACGAUCUGAAGGAGUUGCACACCAUUCACCGACUCGAUCGCAUGACCUCGGGAGUGCUCAUGUUUGCCAAGACCGCAGAGGUAUCCAAGAGGAUUGAUGAGCAGGUUCGGGAGAGACAGCUGGAAAAGGAGUACGUCUGUCGUGUGGUGGGGGAGUUUCCAGAACACGAAGUGGUCUGCGAAGAGCCCAUACUGGUCGUUUCUUACAAAGUGGGAGUGUGCCGCGUGGACCCCAAAGGGAAGGUCUGCAAAACCGUCUUCCAGAGGCUCAGUUACAACGGCAAGACCAGCGUAGUCAAGUGUCUUCCGCGUACUGGCCGCACGCACCAGAUCCGGGUCCAUUUGCAGUAUUUGGGGCAUCCUAUUGUCAACGACCCCAUCUAUAACAUGGAAGCCUGGGGCCCCGACAGGGGGAAAGGCGGCAAGGUCGAUAAAACGGAUGAAGAACUCCUGAAGGCGCUGGUAGAGGAGCAUCGUUCCAAACAGAGCCUGGAUAUCUUGGGUAUUUCAGAGGAGGAUUUGAACGCCAGUGCUGAAAAUCAAGACUGUGGUAAUGCAGGUGGCUGCACAAAGGCUGGUCCUGUCAAUGAGAGCGCUUGCCCUGCCGAGGACGCUAAGGAUCCUGAGAGAAACGGCGCAGCAGCUUGUCCGCUGGACUCUGGUAGCAACCAGGAGAAGCUUGAAAACAACAAAGAGCUCGGUUCCUGGGAGAAUCGGGACGGGCAAACGGGAGGGAAGAGUUCAGAAGAGAAGGACCCUUUGUGCGUGGAGUGUAAAACGACAAGGCGGGACCCGUCUCCCGAGGAGCUGGUGAUGUACCUACAUGCCUUGCGCUACAAGGGAGCGGAGUUCGAGUAUUGCUCCAAGAUGCCCGAGUGGGCAGCGGAAGAGUGGGAGGAAUGACCGAGGACUUCUGACACCUGCGGGCGUGGCUGGCCGGCAAAGCGUCUCGUAAAGACCUCGGGUUCUACUUUUUUCAACGCGGUUGAGGUGAACAAGCUGCCCGUGACUUGAGAUGGGGUGGGGAGGGUUGCUGGGGCUGGAGAGCUGUCCCGGCUGCCGGCGGGCACGGUGAAAGAGGAGCAGGGAGACAACGCUAGAUUCCUGUUGCCCUUCAGUGGACGAGCACUUGAGGGCCGCAAACGUCGCUUGGCACGGGCAGCCUUGCCUUUCACCUCAACCUCAUUCUGGGUCUGCUGGCGAUGUUCGGCACAGCUAAUUCAGUGCGUGCGCUUAAAAGUCAGGAACUGACUUUUCUGCCGGGCUGCUGGGUUCCUGUGUCUUGCAAUAGGAGCUGCUGGAAUGUUGUUCGAUACGCUGGAUGUCCUGUCGUACAAAAAGCUGGUUUUACAGUGUUUCAUUGUCAGACUGAUUUUUAAAACCGAAAAGUCAUCACGGAAUGUGCCGUAAGGCAGAAUCAGAGCCCUGGGAAGCUGAUCCCGUUUGUGCUGUCGGUGUGUCAGCAAGGUGGGCUUGGCUUUGAAAUUCCUCUUUCAGAAUUGGUUCAGUUAAUGGCUUAAUUUAAAGUUAGUAACUCUAGGGAUGGAUCUCUCUGUAUUGGGCCUAUCUCUGGAGGUGCUAGUCCCCAGAUUUUCUCUUUAUGAAAUUCAUAAGGGACUGAUUCAGUAGAUUUUGCCGUUCUGCUUUGCGACCUGCCCUGUGGCUUAUCUCUGGCCUCCUCAAAAACAUCUGGCUUCUCUGCUGAGAUCCUGUCCUUCUCUGUCCCUUACACCUCACCAAAAGCAUCUUCAUACCUCAGCAAAAGUCCAACGCAGAGGUCAGUCUGCUAACUUCUAGUUUUUUAAUUAGUUUUUUUAAACCAUACCGUAGGUGGGUUGUUUGUGAUUGGUGUGGAAUUGUUUUUAAUACUGCUUCAAUGUGACAAUCGGCUUUAAAGAAAAACAAAAGCUGUUUUACAAACCA